UCAUUUUCUGAACUCAGUUCAUUCUGUGAUGUGAAGUUGAAGUGUUAAGUCGCGUUUUGAACUCUUAAGUGUUUUAAUUAAAAAUUAUCUAUUCGAACCAAGGUAAAGUGUUGUUUAUGGACGGUCAAUUUAAAUAAAAACUGUAGAAUUGUGUGUGAAACAGUGUUUUCUAAAAAACUGCGGAAAAAAAGACAGUUUAUUUGAUCAACAACAUAACUGAAACUAGCCGUGGAAUUAUAAGCCGCUGGGGAGGAAAGCUCCCACAUCAAAUUCAUAAUUUGAAAAGGAAAUAUAGGGCAUCUGGCCUUAUCCCAAAGCGAUCAAGAAUAUAUUCUUCUUCUCCAUCUCCUUCAACUUCAAGUUCAUCGCAAUUGGAAAUUUUCCAGGAAACAAACAAUUUGCUAAAUGAUGUAGAUUGCGAGGAUGCCCUUCAGUGGCUGAGAAAUUCGAGUCAUCCCUGGACUACGGUAGAGGAGAAGUGGGUGGCCACCACACCGGCACGUCUGCAUAUACUUAAGCAAAUGACCAUUGACAAUUACCUUAAGGAGUUCCCUGCUUUGAAAAAGCCAACCGGAUAUCUUUUACUGUUAAAGGACUUCGAAUUUCUGUAUCCCGAAAACUACAACGGGUUCAUCGAGUCCUUCGCAACAUAUAAAACACAAAUAUUCCAAUUAGCUGCAAAAAGGACAGGAAGGGAUAAAUGCGUCCAGAACUUGCUGUCCCUUGAGAAAACUUCCGAGGAUUCAAGCAACCUUGGAGCCUUACUCCUUAUUCCUUCAUUACUAUCCGUAAAAACUUUUAAGCUCAAAGGAGCUACUAAAAAAGUUUGGAGACCAUCGAAAGCCGAAGUGCGGGAGGCAUUCAUCACGCACGUUAAAACCGAUGCAGAGAUCUGUGAAGCUGUUUCUGCGCGGAAACACAGGCUUGAAGAAUACAAUCUAACAUUACAACCUUUCAUCAUUGCGGUUGGUGAGUCACUGAAUAGUGUCAAAUCGUAUUUUGUAAUUGUUAAUGAUCAUAGAUAUUUCAUUCCAACAAUUGUUGAAGCAGUUGAUGCGUGUAUAAAAAUAAUUUUUACCCUUAACGCUAAAUAUCCUGAGGAGUGUUCCUGUACGUGGAUGUUUAUUCAGAACGGUUUCUAUAAAAUAAAAACCCGUUAUGAUAAAACAUCCACUGCCACCAAUACUCUCCUCUCUGAGCUAGGGAUGACGGAGUGAAUACCAGUUUCAGUUUCAUUUUUCAUUUUAUCCUCUUAUCGAAGUUCGAUAGUCUAAGCACACUUAUAUUAGUUUUGAGAGACACUACUGUUUUUUUUUUGUGGUCUGAAACAACAGUCGUUUGUCUUCACAAAGCUUAUAAUAGUUUUGAUUUCAUUUCAUUUUUCAUUUUAUCCUCUUAUCGAAGUUCGAUAGUCUAAGUACACUUAUAUUAGUUUUGAGAGACACUACUGUAUAU